AAUUGAUAUGGAUGAGUAAAUAUCAGCGCCCUGAACCCUUGAAAGAGACGUGUUUGCAAUAAGUAUAAAUACGUCCGAAUGAUCCUCAGCCUUUUGAUCACUCCAUCCGCAACACCUCCUGUUCAAGCACCCCCUUUCUCACUACUCAAACACUUUCAGCUUCAAUUCCGAUCAUUAUUCACGAUGAAGUACAACAGCGCGAUUUUGGUUCUCGCCUACCCAGCCCUGAUUUCUGCUGGAACAUCCACUAUCUCUGGUGCCGAAGCUGUCUGUGGAGAUCUUGGAAUUCUUCAGGUCACUCCCGGAAAUCUCCCCGACGGCGUAGAGCCCUCAGAUCUUCGCCUCUGCGCCGAUCAUCCACUCGGCCGCAACCGCACCCUUGAUCCCGCCAAGGGCGCCUCCCUAGCACCCCUCGAGGAAGGCGAUAUCCCCAAUACAACCCCAACGGGUACCUCCAGACUCUUCCAAAAGAGACGUUGCUAUUACGGGGCACCAUACGGCUGUUCAGAUAAGUACUGUUGGAAGAGCUGCGGUGCAAAGGGGAGUGGCCAAUGGUGCUGGACCGCGACGGCUGGGGGAGUUGGGCCGUGGGCCAAAUGCAAGACGUGGGAGGACUGUGGAACAAACGGACUUCAAUAUGGCUGUGGAAAGAACUGUGUUCUGCCGGGUGUGUGUGGGUGUAGCUGUUAGAAGCUACGGUCACAAAGGGGAUCUAUGGCUGAGAAAGUUGCGGUCUGUAACUAAUAUGUAUUUUUUUGCUGCCCAUUAUGUUACACUUGAGGCUACGAGGCUUUGCGGACUGGACUUCAAGUUAAAAAAGGCUUAGAUAUUAUGAGGAUAUCUCCAGAGCAGUUUAUCAUACGAAAAGCUUAUUUAAGAC